UCAAGUAUUUAAUUUGUUGUUUUGAAUUAGGAUAUUUCGCAUUGUAAGGAAGGAGAAUUACGGUUGUGAGAACUGUUGAAGUACGUAAAUCAUGGACGAUUGUGACUGGACUUCUGAGGACAGUGUGGACUUUGAUGCAUUCUCACUACUGCCUCCAUUAGUGAUAUGGACAAGCAGAAGGGCAGUCACGUGUCCUCCACCGCCAACUGCUCCAUCUUAUAGUACACCUUACUCAGCUCUUCACCACGUAUACCCCAAUAGUGGUUAUCAAGUAGCCACAUCAGAAGUCUCCUCUUCCCAUUAUUCUCUUCAGUGUACCUCUUUCUGCCCGGGGAGUACAGAAACAUCUACUUCCGGUGUCCUUCAAGACUAUCCACCCAUGCACUUGGUGUUAGAAAUCUCCAGGGACCCUCGACGAGAAAUCCAGAGGAGCAAGGAUACAAAGCCCAGUGAAGUUUCAACCACAGCUGUCAAUAACCCAGGUUUGGAUCCCUUGACAUCGGCAGGGGAGAAGGAGCACAUUUCACAAGAUGAAAGUAGUCCAACUGUUAACGGGUAUCCCGAACCCUUUUCAGAUAACUACACUGGCUACGAGGAAGUAGCGUUUUACACUGAAUUUGGCAAUUACUCCAGCAAAUUUGCCGAUAUGAACGUUCAUGCAGGGCUUGUACACAAAUUCGGACAUUUUCCAGCAUCCUCUCCAGUGGCUAGCUUACCUGAGGAUCCAAAAAAUCUCGUUCGUGAUGGGAUCAACAAUCGUCAUGCCACUGAGCUGGUCCAGGAGAUCGUUGGUCAACUUAAAGCUGACCUCCGAAAUCCAGACAAUACACUCUGUGAAGAAACCAGAAAGGCACUUGAUCGCCAGCCCGAUAGGCUCGAUCGUGGACAUUCAAAUCCUGGAGAAAAAACGUCUAAAUGUAAGCAUUGCGAUAAAUCAUUUUCUACUCAGUCCUGUCUUACUCCUCAUGAAUGUACACACCCAGAAGAGAAGUCGUUCGAGUGUAAAAUGUGUGAUAAAAAUUUCACUACGCGAUCUAAUCUUACCCGUCAUGCACGACUGCACUCAGGAGACAAAACGUUUGCGUGCACGUACUGCGAAAAGCACUUCAGUAGCAAAUACGGCCUACUUGUUCAUAAACGUAUCCAUACCGGGGAGAAGCCAUACAAGUGUAAUUACUGUGAUCAAAUGUUUGCCGAAAGACACGGCCUAACAGUACAUGAACGUACCCAUACUGGAGAGCGGCCAUACAAGUGUAACUUGUGUGACAAGUCAUUCAAGAAGUCAUCACACCUCACAGUGCAUCAACGCAUCCAUACUGGUGAAAAACCAUACAAGUGUAACGUAUGUGGCAUGGCAUUCCGGCAUAUGUCAGUUCUCGUAUGUCAUGAACGACUCCAUACUGGGGAGAAACCAUUUUCGUGUAAGGAAUGUGGAAAGUCUUUCACAAAGAAAUCCGGUCUAAAACGAAUCAUGGAUGAUUGUGAAUGGACCUCGCAGAGGAGCGUGGACUCUGAUGCACGCUCACCACUGCCACCACUAGUUAUAUGGACCAGCAGAAGGUCAACUGCAUGUCCUCCACCGCCAAAUAUACCAUAUUAUGGUACAUCUUAUGGAGCUCAUCACCACGCAAACGCGGAUAGCGGUAACCAAGUAGCGACCUCAGAAGCCUCCUAUUCGUAUAAUGCGCCGCCUCCACGAUCCUCACUCAGGCCUUGGAGCACAUCAACAUCUACAUCCGGUGUACUUCAAGAUCAUCCUUGGCUGGACAAUGUGGCAGACAACCUCAGGGAGCAACUACCAGCGCUCCAGGGAAACAAAGAUACAAACGCUAGUGAGUUUUCACCAACAGCUGUCGAAACCCCAUGCUCAAGUCCAAUGACAACGGCAGUGGACACUGACAAAAUAUCGCAAGACAACAGUAACCAAACUGCUAACUAUCCUGUCUCCGUUUCAGAGCACUUCACAGACCACGGGCAAGCAGAGUAUGACUCAGAAGAUGGCAAUUACUCAAGCAAGUCUGCCGAUGUGGACGUUGACACUAUCGGACGUGUUCCAGUAUCUCCUCCAUCGCCUAGCUUAUCUGAGGACCCCAGACAACACGAUCGUGAAACGCUCAACAAUAUUCCCACUCCUGAGUGGUUUUCGGAGGAAGAUUGUCAACUUCAAACUGACCUUACUCAACCUAAAACGUCGCUCAGCAAGGACACAGAUCAAGAGACAAAUUCGAAAUGUAAAGUGUGCGAUAAAACCUUCAGUACGCCAUCUAAUCUUACCUGUCAUGGACGACUUCACUCAGGCAAGAAACCCUUUACGUGCAAGUACUGCGCUAAGUCAUUCAGUGAUAAAUCGAAUCAUAUUCGUCAUGAACGUAUCCAUACAGGGGUAAAACUAUUUAAGUGCGAUCAGUGUGAGCAAAGGUUUUACACCAACACCAAUCUCAGAAUUCAUCUACGCAUCCAUACUGGAGUUAGACCAUACAAGUGUAAACAAUGUGGCAAGGCAUUCAGACAACCAUCGCAUCUCACAGCUCACCAACGUAUCCAUGCUGGAGAGAAAGCAUACAAGUGUAAAGAAUGUGACAAGGCAUUCAGACAAUCUUCACAUCUCACAGACCAUCAACGGGUCCAUACAGGAGAGAAAGCAUACAAGUGUAAAGACUGUGGCAAGGCAUUCAGACAAUCAUCACAUCUCACAGUUCACCAACGCAUCCAUGCUGGAGAGAAAGCAUACAAGUGUAAAGACUGUGGCAAGGCAUUCACGCGAAUUUCGAUUCUAACAGCUCAUCAGCGCACCCAUACUGGAGAGAAACCAGUCAAGUGUAAAGUAUGUGACCAGGCAUUCUGGGCAAGAUCAACUCUCGCAAAUCAUCAACGGAUCCAUACUGGAGAGAAACCAUUUUCGUGUAAGGAAUGUGGAAAGUCUUUCUCUCAGAAAUCAAGCCUAACACGUCAUGAACGAAUGCAUACCUGAGAGGUACAAGUAUUUCACUGAGAAAACACACUUUGGGAGACCACGCAAAUACAACACAUCCGUGACCGUGAAACAGAACGCUUUUCAAGAUUAUUUUUAAAACAAUGUUAAUUGGACAUUGUGAAACGGAUGUAGCGUACAAGUACAGGCAAUAUGAUCCCAAUGCAAUGGUCACUGCUUACAUGCUGACUUAAACAUAAUUUUCUUCAUGCAACAUUUUUACAACUGAACAGGUCUGCUACUUGCAAUGUGCUAGUGCUGCACCUGCGUGCUGUAUUCUUAGUGUCUUUGAAUAGUAUGCAUAUUUUCAUGUCUUUGUUCACCUAUAUUUUUGCCCUUUUUCAUGUUCUACUCUUGAUUUCUUGCCUUUUCCUCUCCUUGUUCUCCCUUCUCUUCUGGUAUCUCGUUUAAUUAACCGCGUGCGUUGCCCAAGCCAAGACUAGGCUGACGCCGAUUGCAAACACGAAAGAGCUGAUCAUGAUGAUUAUGAUGACCAUCAAAAAUGUUAUCAUUAUACAUGUAAUUGUAUUCCAGUUGAUGUCUACAGUUUCAUUUCAUGUAAUGCAUUGAACUUAAUACACAGAAGGACCGUAUUUCCUUAUUUAA